CAUUUUCAAAUAAGCCCUUGAAAUCCCAGCGUCUCCGAACCAACGCCCGACCCAAUAGAUUCAUCCCCAAAUCCCCAAUCCGUUCACGCCUCCCCGAUCUCGCCGGCGCCGCCGUCUCCCUCCUCUCCGGCCACCGCCAUCACCACCACUCCUCGCGGCGCGCCUCCUAGCCCUACCUACACAAAGCUCUCCUCCUCCUCCUUCUCCCGCUCGGGCAGCAGGGGCGCGACAGAGGCGGCGGCGGCGCGAUGGGGAAGAGCGACUUCCUGACGCCGAAGGCGAUCGCGAACCGGAUCAAGGCGAAGGGGCUGCAGAAGCUGCGGUGGUACUGCCAGAUGUGCCAGAAGCAGUGCCGCGACGAGAACGGGUUCAAGUGCCACUGCAUGUCGGAGUCGCACCAACGGCAGAUGCAGGUGUUCGGCCAGGCGCCCGACCGCGUCGUCGAGGGCUUCUCCGAGGAGUUCUUCGAGUCCUUCCUCACCCUGAUCCGCCGCGCACACCGCCACUCCCGCGUCGCCGCCACCGUGGUCUACAACGAGUACAUCGCCGACCGCCACCACGUCCACAUGAACUCCACGCGCUGGGCCACGCUCACCGAGUUCAUCAAGUUCCUGGGACGCGAGGGAUACUGCAAGGUCGAGGACACACCCAAGGGGUGGUUCAUCACCUACAUCGACCGUGACUCCGAGCAGGCCGUCAAGGCACGCCUCAAGCGCAAGAGGAUCAAGUCCGACCUCGUUGAAGAGGAGCGACAGGAGCGCAUGAUCGCCCGCCAGAUUGAGCGUGCACAGAAGUCUCUAGCCAAGGCCAAUGGUGGUGAUGAUGGUAGUGAUGCCGAGGGCGAGUUGGAGUCGGAGUCCCAGUCUGACAGUGAAGAAGAGUAUUCAGGCUCAGAUGACGCUCAGGAGGAUGACGCAAAAGAGACUAACAAGGUGACUGGGAAGAUUGCGAUCGCGCUCCAGAAGGCUGCUCCGGGACCAAAGGUUAACCCUUAUGAGGAUAAGACAAAAGCGAAAUUUGGUUUUGACGAAGAGGAGGAGUUGGGUGCCCGAGAGAAGAAGGAUGAGGUGGCCAAGAAGAAGGGGAAGGAUGUGAAAGCAGCGGAGCCAAGGAGGUCGGCACUGGAUGAGCUGAUGAAGGAGGAGGAGAAGGCCAAGGAGAGGAGCAACAGGAAGGACUACUGGCUGUGCCCAGGGAUUGUGGUCAAGGUGAUGAGCAAGUCGCUGGCGGAGAAGGGGUACUACAAGCAGAAAGGGGUUGUGAAGAGAUUGAUCGAUAAAUAUGUUGGGGAGAUUGAGAUGUUGGAGAGCAAGCAUGUUCUCAGGGUCGACCAAGAUGAGCUUGAGACUGUGAUCCCCCAAAUUGGUGGGCUGGUGCGGAUUGUGAAUGGGGCUUACCGGGGUUCGAAUGCCAGGUUGCUCUCAGUGGACACAGAGAAGUUCUAUGCAAAGGUGCAGGUUGAGAAGGGCCUCUAUGAUGGGAAGGUUCUCAGGGCCAUCGAAUAUGAGGACAUUUGCAAGAUUGCCCAGUAAUAUACAAUGCCAUUUGUUUCAUUUCCUGUACCAUCACUGCUCCCAACCAGAGUUAUGUGACCCAGUGUACUAGUUCUUUCAGUUAGAUACCUGGCAGCUUAUGUUCUUGUGAUGCUUAUGCGGGAAUAAUCUUUUGUUCAAGAAGUUCAAUAUUUUGAUGUUUUUAGUUCAUUCUAGCGGCUGAAGGCGCAAUGUGCAAGAAAAUGGUGUCAUGUAUGUUUGCUUGUUUCUUGUUGACCAGAAUAUCUGUAUUGACAAUUUUAUAACAUUUGGUUAACUUCUUCAUCUC